AUGAACGAGGAGUACGAUUAUCUGUUUAAAUUAUUAUUAAUCGGGGAUUCUGGCGUUGGAAAAUCAUGCAUCCUGCUUCGCUUUGCAGACGAUACGUUCUCAGAGUCGUACAUAAGUACAAUCGGUGUAGAUUUUAAAAUACGAACACUGGUGAUCAACAACAAGCAAAUUAAACUGCAAAUAUGGGAUAGUGCAGGCCAGGAGAGGUUUCGUACUUUAACUACAGCGUAUUAUCGAAGUGCUCAUGGUAUUAUGCUAGUCUACGAUGUUAAUGAUCGCGAAACAUUCUUUCAUAUUGAAAAUUGGCUACAGGAAGUUUCUCGUUACGCUGCUAGCGAUGUCAAUAGAGUUCUAGUUGGGAAUAAAUGUGAUAUAUUAAACAAGAGAGAAGUGGAAUACGAAACUGCUCGUGUUUAUGCAGAGAAAUUAGGAGUAUCGUUCACAGAAGCCAGUGCAAAAGAUCGCACAAAUAUUGAUAAGGUUUUCAAUAUCAUGGCAAAAGAGCUUGUUGAGCAAUUAGGAGAGAAUAAGGAUGCGUUGCCUAUUGAAGAUGACAAGGUCGAACUUAGCGCUGGAACAGAAGUGUCUAAUGGUGGUUAUCGAUGUUGUGGGUUUGGCUAG